AUGAGCUCGAAGUGGGUUGAUUACGAAGUCGAUGAGUCGGACUCACUUCAGACGAUUGCAAUUAAGUUUGACGCGCCGGUUUCUGCCCUAAAAUCGAGAAACCGCAUCUCCGACUCCUCCGAUCUCUGGACUGGAAGAGUUAUCAAAGUUCCUGAAAACCCGGAUCUCGCCAGAAAUGACGAAGUCGAAAAUGGUAUCGACGAAACCCCAGAAGCCAUCGGUUUCAUCAAGCUGGACGCUUUCAAACUUCGACCAAACUUCGAGCGGAGCAUUUCGUUGAGCGAAAUCGAUGUCGAAAAAGACUGCGUCGCGGGGGUACUGCUCAUCACUCCCUGUGCGCUGAUGUUCGACCCCAGCCAGCCUGACCCGGAAAAUGGACUGAUUCUGCCGAUGGCAGAUGUUAAAAGAGCUGCGCUCUACAACAGUCCUUCGAACGCGUUCCAGAGCUGGCUGCAAGUAUCCGGCUCCUCGCCCGUCUCCUACUUUUCCAUUUCUUCAUCCGAAACAUCCCCCAUUCUUACCUGUCUCCAGAAAUGGUCUCCCGCCAGACAAGUUGCCACGCCCGGGCUCAAAGCGCCUAAACCGACUCCGAAACAAGCAGAAAAUCAUGACGAAAACGAAGAAAACUCAGAAAAGGAAAAAUCCGGACAGUUUGAUGUUGCUUAUGUUAGCAGCGCUUCCUAUUUGGAGGAAAACGAAGAAUUCUUCUCCUCGGUUGAAAAGAGCUGGCAAAUCGAGUCUUACUCCGAGUUCGAGUCCGAGUGGACAAAAGUCGACAAGGACAAAGACGAAGAGCCGGAAAUGAUCGACGAAAUUCCUGACAUGACUUGCUCCUCGGACAUUCUAAACAUUCAACAAGUUGCAGCAAUUAAUCAAUUUCUCCCAGCAAGAUGUAUCGGUUCAAAAUGGAUGCUCAAAUAUUCUUCAAGAAACCAUGGAACUUCAAUUGGAACGCUUUAUCGUCAAGCCGCCAAAACUUCAUCGCCCAAUCUUCUCAUUAUCAAGACGCUGUGUGGCUCGACAAUAGGAGCACUGGCUUCACACCCGCUCAAAGUACAAGAACACUUCUUCGGCUCUGGGGAGUCGUUUUUAUUUCGCUUUAAAAAGUCGAAUUCGGCCGACGACUUCGCUCAAUUUCCCUGGUCCGGCAAGAACAAUUUCUUCACGCGCUGCACGAAAGACACGCUCGUUUUUGGCUCUUCAGAGGGCGACUAUGCAAUUUGGAUUCCUGAUAAUUUGCUGAGAGGGACGUCGAAGCCUUGUGAAACGUUUAUGAAUCCGACUUUGACAAGGGAAAAGGAUUUUCAGAUUUGUGAUGUGGAGCUCUGGGCCUUCAGCGACAUUUGA